UCGUGGCGAGAGUGGUCGUCAGUGUCUCGGUAGACCUCCAUCUGGAACCUAGCUGCGUGCACAGGAAACGGCUGGCUCGCGUGUCGCUCGGUGUCACGUGUAACGGAAACGCGGCGUGCCCGAUGACGCCUGGAAUCUCAAAGCUGAAACAAGUGCUGCGGGGAGUCGACAAAUUUCAAGUGCCGCGAAACGAUCUUACGCUUUAUAUGCUGUGCAACCGCAACUAAAGUUAAGGACGAGACGAAGAACGAGGAGAGGAGAAGAGAAAGACAGCGAGGGAGAAACUGCUUUAACCAGUUCGAAAAAACGGUCGAAAUGAGAAGGUGCGGCUUCGUCCUGUGGUUGGUCCUCGCUUGCCUCACCAGCGACGCGUUGCAACAGUACAGGGAAAAGAACAUAAGCGGCGCCGAGACAGACGCGGUACACGCGAUCUUGGCCAGAUACCUUCAGAGGCGUCUUCAGGGGUCUCAGCUGUCGACGCCUCCGCCGCCGGCCGUUCUCUUCAGUAGCCAUAACCAGGCCAGAGUGAGACAAGGCCAGAGGACGACUGGCAAUGCAUUGCCGAGGAAUGUGAGCGAGAAAGAGAGGAGGGGAGGAAUGGAGGAUUACGAGGAUUACGAGGACGACCUUGAGGGCUUCGAGGACAGUGAGAGGAGCAGGACCAGAUUCGAUUUGUUCGCCGACGACUGUCCCAACUGCGUGGACGAGCACAGCACCAACCUCGCCGCCUCCAGAUGGACCAUGCCGCUGUUGAAGCUCGGCGAGAAGAGAUACUACCUGGGGAUCUUCUUCAAGGCCAAUUGGUACAGAGCGUCCCAAUAUUGCCGAUAUCACGGGAUGCACCUGGCGAGCAUAGCGUCGCAGGAGGAAAACGACAGACUGGAGAAACACAUCAAGGAUUUCGGUCUCGGACACGAGCACUUUUGGACCUCUGGCACGGACCAGGCCGAAGAAGGUACUUUCUUCUGGAUGGCCAAUGGCAGACCCAUCACUUUCGAGAAUUGGAACGUCGGCGAGCCGAAUAAUUUCAGAUACGAGAACGGCGAGGAAGAACACUGCCUCGAGCUGUGGAAUAGGGAUGGCAAGGGAUUGAAGUGGAACGACAGUCCGUGCAGUUUCGAGACCUUUUUCGUUUGCGAGGUGCAAUGAUCGAUCCAUCCAACUACGAGAUUGACACGAAUCUUCGAAGAUCAUCGAUCCACCCGAUUGGAUUCGCGAUACAACGUCGAUCUACUACCUUAUCGAGUCGUCCAGCCAGCUAGCUAUUGCCCGAUCGAUUCCUCUCCAUCGAGGCCAUCGAACGAAAUAGAACAAAACUGACUUGUUACGUGCGUGUAUCUCGCGCUCGAUGCACGUAGUCGUUGCACGCCAAGGAAUCGUAGUCAGAGUGACGAAACCUGUGUAAAGAUACUUUUGCGAAACUAUAAACUCGUAUUUUAAUCUUCGAGAACUUUUCGAGAAAGUACGGAGCAGUUCCAUUUUGUAUUUCAACAAUAUCGUAUCGUAGCAGAAUAUAAUAAGCAGAAAUAAUAAUGAAAAUGUCUUUUUACCGGAUAACAACUGAUUUAACGUUUAGCUUGUUAUCGUAUAUUUCUCCUAGAUGUACCAUUUGCUUUUUCAACUUAGAAAUCGUAGAAUAAGAACUUAUAAGUUUUAAUGUAACGUAAAUUAGUCAUUUGCCGUUGAUUUUUUGGAUAAUUUAGAUAGAUUUAGAUGGUAAAUAAAUUGGAGUUCGCGUGCGUAUUUAUUUUUCUAAAUAAAAAAGAUUAUAGAAUUGUAGAUGCAUCGUUCGACUCCAUCGUAGAACUCCAGUGAACGCAAAGAUCGUUGUUAAGUCAGUUAAGUCAGAAAAUCAGGGAAUUUUUCGAUUUUACCGAUCAAUGGAAUCACUCGUUAAAAUUUCAAGUUCCAUCGAUUGGCAAAAUUCUUAUCGUAUAAGCUACCAUUGUCCUCCUUCAUUAAAAGUUAAGAAAAUAUAAAAGAAUACUAAUUAACAAUUAGUAAACGAAAAAUAAACAAAUCGAUCAAUAAUCAAAAAUUGUUAUUGUUGAAUAUCAUGUAGCAAUCAAUUUAAUGUUUAUGAGCGAAAUACGUUUGGUCGAAAUUUUAUGAUUUUAACAACGCUAAAUCCGGAUGUUAUGAACGAAAUUACGUGUUUAUAUGUGGCAUCGUAUAGCGCUAUGCAAUAAAAUCCAAGUCAAAUAUUACUAUUUUUUAACUCUUCGAUUUUUCCAAUUAAUGACUCGUAAUGUUACAUCGUAUAUACAAUAUUAAGGAUAAAAUAGAAAAAUAGAAAAACUUUAAAUCUCUUUUUAAAUCUUUUAAAUCUUUAAUCUUGCUCUCAUGACGAAAAGUUUACAUUGUGUUUUUCGAUGUAAAAGAAAACUGUAACAAAAAUGUGUAAGACUUCUUUGAUGAUCGAUCGUUCUUCGAUUUAACGUUUCAAUGAGUGAAAAAAAUCUCGCGUUUUGUACGGAGACGUUGGUUCGAAUAUCAUGGCGACCAAGUAUCCAAACACGUCCAAAUACUAUGAACAAGUACCGCGACAAACCGCGUUUUUAGGAAAAAAAAAAAAUAGAAAAUCCGAUGAUAAAACGAGUAGAAAAAUACAAAAAAAAAAAAAAUGAAAAAACGAAUGAACGAAGCAAAAAAGGCAUGCAACUGUAAUGAAAGUUGUUCUCCCGGAACGUUGUAUUCCCGUAACGGAUCUUUCCGGUCGACGUGACCCAUGCUUCGUCGUUUCAACGUUCUUCCAUCCUUUCCUUUUCAAGUCGACAUCAGCCCAUCAACGUGCGAGUCCCCUCUAUAGGAUUGACAGAACCAAUUAGUGGUUCCGUCGAUUUUUCGUCGUUUCUGAGGGGAAGCAACAAUACCGUGGAGAGAGGUAGCGGACCGGUAAAAAGGGAAAAUAGUAACAAAAAAAAAAAAAAAUGUACGUAAAGUAACUGUAAAAGCGUGCGAUUGAAAAGGGACAAGAAAAUCGAUACAGAAUAAUGAAAAUAAAAUGAAAAGCGAGAUAAUGUUGUCUAAAUUUUCGUGUACAAAAUAGGCCUAACAUAUAAUAGGAUUUUGUGCUCCAUAUCCAAAAAUAUCCGAUUCCGAGUACUAAAAUACAGAAAUUAUAUUUAAUCCAAUCAUAAAAGUUGAUAAAAUGAAUAAAAUAAUCGUUUAAAAAUCUUUUGUACAUAUAUAUAAUAAUGGAUUGUAUUUAUAGAUUUCACAAUUGUUAAACAAACUUAUAUACGAGUUGAAUGAUUCGUGAAUUGAAAGUAUGCUCAUAUUUUUUUGUUGUGUAUUAAUGAUUUAAAGUUUUUAAGAUUAUUUAUCGAUAAAUUAUGCAAAAAAAAAAUAAUAUAUGUCGGAUAUAAGAGCGCGUAUACAUUUCGCAGAACAAAUAGUGAAAAUAGUGGAAAAAGAAAGAGGAAAUAGUGAAAAAAGAAUAAGAAAUUAACGCCAUCUCUGAAAUGUUAAGGAAAUCUUUUCAAAAGUUGAAUAACUAAGAAUAGCAGAUCACGUUUUGAAUUUCAAAGACAUAUUUCCAAAAGAAUUAAAAAUGAUAAGUAAAAGAAGUGAUAAAAAAUAAAAUUUUAAUUCAUGAAUAAUUCAAUUCAUACUUGAAUCCAUCUGUUAUUAAUAGUAUCAAUAGUAUUAUUUAUGAAUACAAUUCACUAAAUAUAUAUAAUGCAUAGCAAUAUUUAUAAAAGCAUGUAUCAAAGGAAUUAUUUUUAUAAUUUAUUGUUUAUUUUGUUUAUCAAUUUUUGUGAUUGAAAUAAAUAUAAUUUCAGUAUAUUUAAGCAA